AUGUCUCCGCUGAGCGUGUACUCGGCGUUGUCCCUUGCGUUGGCAGGAUCUGAAAGUGAAACAAGGGAGGAAUUGGUAUCAGUGCUUGGACUUGCUCCUGGCAAAGACAUUGACACCAUAGUCAAAUCUCUUGGUGAGGAUUUGCAAGCUGUUGCUGACGGUGACGCGAAGAAGACGUUGGUGGAAGCGAAUGGUGUGUUCAUCCAAGCUGGUAGUCGCAUUAGAGAGACGUACACUAGUGCCGUCAGUAAGCACUUGAAGGCUGGCAUGAAACAGGUAACAGCAUUGUUUCCUGCUGACAACGUGGUGUUUCAGUUGGAUUUCGGUGGCGACUGUGAGGGAUCUCGCGUCUCAAUCAAUAGGUGGAUAGCGGAGAAGACGAGGGAGAAAAUAAAGGACCUCCUCGCUCAGGGGUCGAUCACCCCCAUGACUCAUGUGGUUCUGGCUAAUGCUGUUUACUUCAAGGGAGUUUGGAAAUGCAAGUUUGAGAAGAGCAAGACAGAUAGGAAUGGUGUAUUUCACAGCCUGGAAAGCGGAGAUGUGAGGGUCAGCAUGAUGACUCAAAAGGCGAGCUAUCCAAUGGCAGACUUUGUAGAUCUCGAGGUUCGAGCUUUGAAGGUGCCCUUUGAAACGCAUGAAAUGGUGAUUGUGCUGCCGGAGAAGAAUGACGGUUUGCCCAAUCUGCUGAAGCAACUGAGUGCAAAUGCCAAACAUUUGGAGGAGAUGCUGACGUCGGAUCAGUAUUUUGAUACAGAAGUGGUGCUGAAAUUGCCGAGGUUUUCGCUCGGUGGGCAUAACAUGAAGUUGAAGGAGCCGUUGCAUAGGAUGGGAUUGAAGUCUGCCUUUGACGCUGAACGUGCCGACUUCUCAGGUAUAACGAGUGACAGAUCACUCGCUGUGUCUGAUGUCUACCACCAGGCAGUGAUCGAUGUUGAUGAGGAAGGAGCGGAAGCUGCCGCGGCAACGGCCAUGCCAAUGAUGGUCCGCUGCAUGCCGGCACCACCUGUCGACUUUAUUGUCGAUCAUCCAUUCAUCUUUUUCAUUGUUACCAAGACGGGCAUUCCCGUGUUCAUGGGUCAUGUUGUUCACCCCGAAUCCAAGUAG